AUGGGUGGUGGAUCAUCGAAAUUAAGUAAACACGAUAUUGAAUAUCUAUCUCAACAGACAUGUCUUUCAAAGGAUGAAGUUGGAAAGUUGUUCCAAGAGUUCAAGAAAUAUGAUACUGAUGGUAAUGGUUCACUUGAUAGAAAUGAGUUUAUUGCAUUCUUCAAGAAGAGAAUGCCAAGUUAUCCAUCGGAUCAGUUGGUUUCACUGUUUGAGGAAUUCGAUAGCGAUAAAAGCGGUACAAUCGAUUUCAAGGAGCUGACUGUUGCCAUGUCGGUGAUUGGUAAGGGUACCGCCGAGGACAAGUUGGGAUUGCUCUUUGAUAUCUACGACAAGGACAACUCUGGAACACUCGAGAAGAACGAAGUCGACCAGAUCAUAACAUUGAUGGUCGGUGUCGGAAAGUCACUAGGAAAGCCAGAACGUGACGUCAGCGUGUUCGUGCGUAAACUCUUUGAGAAACUCGACGUCGACAAGAACCAAAUGAUUAGCAGAGCAGAGUGGAUUCAACAAGGUUCAUCAUCACCAUCCCUUCUUCUUCUACUUGGUAUCAACAAUGAAUAUCAACCUUGA